ACUGAUAAACACACACACACACACACUAUAGUUGUAGUGUAUAUAUAUACACACACAUACCCUCUCUUCAAUUAAUUCCCAACUUCACUUACUAACCAUACUUGCAUUACCACUAAUUUCACAUUAUUAUACAAUUCAACAAUGUCCAUUACCAUACACCAUGGUCACCUCUAUUCUUUUUUCUUCUAUUUCUUGUUAUUACAACCACAACAAUUCUUCGUAGCUGCCGGUACCAUACCGGCGGUGAUAGUGUUCGGAGACUCGUCUGUUGACACCGGGAACAAUAAUGGGAUACAAACUUUGCUUAAGAGCAACUUUGAGCCUUAUGGUCGUGACUUUGAUGGUGGCCGCCCCACGGGUCGAUUCUCUAACGGGCGGGUGCCCGUCGAUUUCUUCUCCGAAUACUUCGGGCUUAAGAAAACCGUUCCUGCGUAUUUGGAUCCUAGUUUUAGUAUGGAAGAUUUUGUUACUGGAGUCAAUUUUGCUUCUGCUGGUACUGGCUAUGAUAAUACCACUUCUCAAGUGCUUAACGUAAUACCAUUAUGGAAGGAAGUCGAUUAUUACAAGGAGUAUCAAGUGAAAUUACGAGAGUUUGUUGGGGCAGAAAAGGCAAAUGAAAUAAUUAGUAAAGGGGUAUACUUAGUGAGCAUGGGAACGAACGACUUCCUAGAAAACUACUACUUAUUACCUACAACUAGGGCGUGUUACACGAUCCAAGAGUUCGAAGACAAACUCAUUGGUAUCGCGAAGCAGUUUGUGGAGGAGAUUUAUAGUCUUGGUGCUCGGAAGAUUUCGCUGGCCGGCGUUCCUCCUAUGGGUUGCUUGCCACUAGAGAGGACCAUAAAUUUCAUGGCAACUCUUGAAUGCAACGAAGACUACAACAAUGUUGCCCGUGAAUUUAAUGCUAAAAUGCAUGACUUGGUCAAACUACUCAACAAGCAAUUGCCUGGUAUCCAUGUCGUUUUUUCCAACCCCUAUAAUUCUCUUCUCCAAAUUAUCAAAAGGCCUUCAUUAUUUGGGAUGGACGUAACAUAUAGGGCAUGUUGUGGGACUGGAUUGGUGGAGAUGGGUUAUCUUUGUGUUCUUGAUAAUCCAUGGGCUUGCCUUGACGCUAACAAAUAUGUUUUCUGGGAUUCUUUUCAUCCAACUGAGAAAACCAACCAGAUUAUGGCUCAACAUCUCUUCAAAACUGUCUUACACAGAUUUCUUUGAAGUAAUUUAUACCACAAUGUAUUUGAGCAACGACAUAUAUUGGAACUUAUAAAGUUUUCAUUUCUUUAUAAAUAAUAGUUUUUAUUAUUAGAUUUUCAAAAUGUAACUUCUCAUUGUACAUCGAUUAUAUUGAAUAUUUUAUACAAUGUAUUUAGCACACUAUUUUUUCUAUAUACUAGAAGAUCAGAUGUUUAAAAGCCAUGUAAUACCUUGCUCAAUUGGUUACCAAUAAAAGUUUGGAGUAUAUCUUUGUA